ACAGGUUGACGUUUGAACCGGCCGCCAUAGCCAGUGCCUGCCGCUUUGACUGUACUGUUGCAGCGAUGACGGGUCCUCCUCCUCCUCAGCUUCUCUCUUCUCGCGACGUCCGACAUCUCUUGGAUUCAGUUGAUGCUUUUCUCUUCGAUUGCGAUGGCGUAAUUUGGAAGGGCCAUAAGCUCAUUGAUGGCGUCGCACAGACACUGGACAUGCUUCGUUCCAAGGGGAAGAAGCUGAUCUUUGUAACCAACAACUCUACUAAGUCAAGGAGCCAAUAUGCUAAGAAAUUCCAUUCCCUUGGAAUUUCGGUUACUCAGGAGGAGAUAUUUUCCUCAUCCUUUGCAGCGGCUAUGUUCUUGAAAGUUAACCACUUUCCUCCGGAGAAGAAGGUUUACGUCGUGGGCGAGGAAGGCAUACUGGAAGAACUGGAGCUGGCAGGUUUCACAGGUCUUGGGGGCCCUGAAGAUGGGAAAAAAUCGGUGCAGCUGAAACCAAAUUGUCUAUUUGAGCAUGAUAAGAGUGUCGGAGCUGUUGUGGUUGGACUAGACCAGUAUAUAAAUUAUUACAAGCUACAGUAUGCGACCCUUUGUAUACGUGAGAAUCCAGGAUGCCUUUUCAUUGCUACCAACCGUGAUGCAGUAGGACACAUGACUGAUUUACAAGAGUGGCCUGGUGCAGGAUGUAUGGUUGCUGCCAUUUGUGGAUCAACUGAAAAGGAGCCUAUCGUAGUUGGGAAACCAUCUACAUUUAUGAUGGAUUUCUUAUUACAGAAGUUUCAUAUUUCUACCUCUAGAAUGUGUAUGGUGGGUGACAGACUGGAUACUGAUAUUUUAUUUGGCCAGAAUGCCGGUUGCAGAACUCUCCUAGUUCUUUCAGGCGUCACAACUCAAUCUAGUCUUCAAGAUCCAUCAAACCACAUUCAACCAGAUUAUUAUACAAGCACGGUGUCUGAUCUUCUCAAUUUAUCAGGGCCAUAGUGUAGUUUCCUUAUAGUUAUUCUUGUUUGGGCUCCGACAGCUGCUGCCCUUUGUCAUGUUUCAACUUACGGGCACACAUACUAGUAAUCCCUAUUGCCUUUUCAUAUUCAUUAGACAUAGGGUAAACAUUGAGUAGACAAUUGUUUAUUUUUGAAUUUUGCACUUUUAACUUUUUAUUUUUACUU